GACAUCAUUACAAAGAUGCAAGAUGACAAGACAGGAGGUGUGCCCAUCAGAACAGUCAAGAGCUUUCUUUCCAAAAUCCCCAGUGUUGUCACAGGUACUGACAUUGUGCAGUGGCUUAUGAAGAACCUUUCCAUCGAGGAUCCAGUUGAAGCAAUACACCUGGGAAGCCUUAUAGCUGCCCAGGGCUACAUCUUUCCCAUCUCGGACCACGUGCUCACCAUGAAGGAUGACGGCACCUUCUAUCGUUUCCAGGCGCCUUAUUUCUGGCCUUCAAACUGCUGGGAACCUGAGAACACUGACUAUGCCAUCUAUCUCUGUAAGAGGACGAUGCAGAAUAAGGCGAGGCUGGAAUUGGCAGAUUACGAAGCAGAAAACUUAGCAAGACUCCAGAGGGCCUUUGCCAGAAAGUGGGAAUUCAUCUUCAUGCAAGCAGAAGCACAAGUAAAGAUUGAUCGGAAAAAGGACAAGACAGAAAGGAAAAUUUUGGAUAGUCAAGAACGGGCCUUUUGGGAUGUCCACAGGCCAGUGCCAGGCUGCGUGAACACAACAGAAAUGGAUAUCAGAAAAUGUCGGCGUUUGAAGAAUCCUCAAAAGGUUAAAAAGUCAGUAUAUGGAGUGACUGAAGAGUCCCAGUCGCAGAGCCCUGUGCACAUACCCAGUCAACCCAUCAGGAAAACUACAAAAGAGGACAUCCGGAAACAGAUAACAUUUUUGAAUGUGCAGAUUGACAGACAUUGUUUGAAAAUGUCCAAAGUGGCCGAAAGCCUUCUGACCCUUACGGAACAGUACGUGGAAUAUGACCCUUUUAUAACGCCAGCCGAGCCAUCCAAUCCUUGGAUCAGUGACGACAUCGCUUUAUGGGACAUAGAGAUGAGGUAA